AAUCACCUUCUGCUUAGUCCGAUCCAAUGGAAAUACCACCACUAUCUCUAGUAACCGACACGCCUUCCCUUUCCUUGGUAGUUUGAUUCACAAAUGUUCUUUCAAAUUGCAUUUUAUCAAACCCUGAUCGAGUUGGUGUUGUCCAGUGAGGUUUCUAUCACUAAAGUUAAGAGAUCGAAGCAAUGUCGUCUGAGAAGAUGGGACCGGUUGGUGGUAACAUGGGAGAUGCAUUCACUGAUGGUGCUUUCGACGGUGUGAAGAAAAUAACUGUCGGAAAAGACCUUGACUGUGUAUCUUAUAUCAAGAUCGAAUACGAAAAGGAUGGAAAAUUUGAAACCCGUGAACACGGGACUAUUCGCGGGGAACUAAAAGAGUUUGCGGUGGAUUAUCCAAGUGAAUGUAUCAUAGCCGUUGGUGGAAGCUACGGUAAUGUUGACCGCUAUAAGGCAGUGCUAAUCAAAUCGCUAUUCUUCAAAACCUCUUACGGAAGAACCUCUCCGAUAUUCGGUGAGACGAAUUCAUCUGGAAAAGAAUUCAUGUUGGAGGGUAAAAAUGAAGGAAAGCUUCUUGGAUUCCACGGACGUUCUGGUCAGGCUAUUGAUGCCAUUGGUGCAUAUUUUUCGCCAGUUCCUGAACCUGAAAAGCAGGAAGCAAUCGGUGGUAACAUGGGAGAUGUAUUCGACGAUGGUGUUUUUGAAGGUGUGAAGAAAAUAACUGUGGGAAAAGACCUUGGCUGUGUGUCCUAUAUCAAGAUUGAAUACGAAAAGGACGGAAAAUCUGAAACCCGUGAACAUGGGACGAUUCGUGGGGAACUAAAAGAGUUUGCGGUGGAUUAUCCGAAAGAAUGUGUCAUAGCCGUUGGUGGAAGCUACGGUCAGGUUGACCUCUAUAAGGCAGUGCUGAUCAAAUCGCUAUUCUUCAAAACCUCUUAUGGAAGAACCUCUCCAAUAUUCGGUGAGACGAAUUCCUCUGGGAAAGAAUUUUUGCUCGAGGGUAGAAAUGGAGGAAAGCUUCUUGGGUUCCACGGACGCUCUGGUCAGGCUAUUGAUGCCAUUGGUGCAUAUUUUUGGCCAUUCCCCGCACCCGUACCCGAAAAGCGGGAAGCAGUGGGUGGUAACAUGGGAGAUGCAUUUGACGAUGGUGUUUUCGACAGUGUGAAGAAAAUAAUUGUCGGAAAAGACCUUGAUUGUGUGUCUUAUAUCAAGAUCGAAUACGUAAAGGACGGAAAAACUGAAACCCGUGAACACGGGACGAUUCGCGGAGAACUAAAAGAGACUUCUUAUGGAAGAACCUCUCCAAUAUUCGGUUCAUCUGGAAAUGUAGCUGGGAAAGAAUUCUUGCUCGAGGGUAAAAAUGGAGGAAAGCUUCUUGGGCUCCAUGGACGCUCUGGUCAGGCUAUUGAUGCCAUUGGUGCAUAUUUUUGGUCAGUUCCGGCACCCGAAAAAAUUGAAGCAAUGGGUGGUAACAUGGGAGUUGCAUUCGACGAUGGUGUUUUCGACGGUGUGAAGAAAAUAAUUGUUGGAAAAGAUCUUGGCUGUGUGUCUUAUAUCAAGAUCGAAUAUGAAAAGAACAAAAAAAUUGAAACCCGUGAACACGGGACGAUUCGCGGGGAACUGAAAGAGUUUGCGGUGGAUUAUCCGUAUGAAUGUAUCACAUCCGUUGGUGGAAGCUACGAUCAUGUUGACCUCUAUAAGGCAGUGCUGAUCAAAUCGCUAUUCUUCAAAACCUCUUACGGAAGAACCUCUCCGAUAUUCGGUGAGACGAAUUCAUCUGGAAAUCAACUCAUGCUCGAGGGUAAAAAUGGAGGAAAGCUUCUUGGAUUCCACGGACGCUCUGGUCAGGCUAUUGAUGCCAUUGGAGCUUACUUUGGAACCGCCAUAGGUGUGGGAUGUGGUAACGGAGGAACUUAAGGAGGAAGGUUACAAGAUCGUUGAAAAGCUGGUGAUUUGGUUCAUCAGAUCGAAGUCCAUGUCGUGUCUAUCUAUUAUCACCAAUAAAAGACUUGCUCUUUA